AUAAUAAGAAAAUAAUUAUGAAAAGAAAAAGUAAACAAAUUAAAAAGAAAACUUCCAACUUAACAAUUAAAACCAAAAUAAAAAGAAAACUUCCAAAAAGGAAAACAAGUAAUAACAAGAAGAAAAAAACAUAGUUUCCCAUAAUCAAUUAAUAUGCUUGUUUUACGUUUUCUUCCUUGACAAAAUUCACAAUUCCAUUGAAAGAGAGAAGAGAAAAGAUGGCGUUGCAGAGAUCAACAGCGUCGUUUAGGAGACAAGGAUCGUCAGGACUCAUCUGGAACGACAGGUUCUUGAGCGGAGAAAUUCGCAACGACGAAAGACAAGAAGACCGGUGCAACGAUCAUCGUGACGGAUCAAUGGCUGCUACGACUGCAACAGUGAAACGUAGCGCAUCAGACGGAGGAUGUGGCCAUGGUGGAAGAUUGGGGGAGCUAUCUCCAGCGUUGGAUCCACCUUCACCUAAAAUAUCUGCCGUUGGUUGUGGCUUUUGUUCUUUGUUUUCGUCUAAUGGGAAAAGAAGAAGCAGAGGCAGGAGAAGAUCAAGCGGUGGAAGUACUUAAUUUAUCUUUAAACGGUAAUUAAUGAACAUAAUUUAAACGAUUAUGAGAUCAUAUUUAGGAUUUGAUUAUGUUCUUCUCUCUUUAUGUAAAAAUUUCGAAAUCUUGAUGGAUAAAGCCUAGGAAUGGCUUUUGGUUUCAAGAGAAGGCUUAUUUAUAGAUUGAUCCUUACGAAAAUGUGUUUGUUUGUUUGUUUUCAUCGAUUUAUCAAUCAAGUAAGGAGUCUUCUAAGAAUCUGUUUUGGAAUUAGUCAUGAUGCUAGAGACCAAAAUAGUUUGAAUGGUAUUUCUGAAUGUAAGAAGCUUACGUCAAGGAUACAAUAGUUGGUAAAUUCUAAUGUAUCUGAAUUU